AGAAAAAUCCACAGAGAGAAGCAUGCCGAGACGGCUUACUACGGAGCAGGCAUUGUCAACGGACCUUGCCGAUAUACCACCUUGUGACUCCGAUGGCGAAGAAAUCGAAAGUUCAGACUCUUCUGAUGAGGAAAAGUGUACUCCACUGCCAGAACCAAGAGCUUUGGUUGAACAUGGGCGAACAGAGGUUGCUAAAGAGGGCACAGUGUGGCGUGAAGAACAAUUGGCAGAACCUCUUGCGGCUUUGUCACAUGAUGAGGAAACUUGUACUCCACUGCACGAACCAAGAGCUUUGGUUGAACAUGGGCGAACAGAGGUUGCUAAAGAUGGCACAGUGUGGCGUGAAGAACAAUUGGCAAAACCUCUCCUUUUCACUCCAGUUGAGCCAUACACCACUGAUGGAGCUCCAACAGCCAACACCAGGAGAAUCGUCACAAGUCGUCUUCAGAGCUUCCUGUGUUUCAUAUCAUUGGAGAUGCUUCGCAUGAUUCAGCAUUGGACUGUUCAGCAUGGACGUCAUACGGAACAGGAUGAUUGGUUCAUGGAUGUUCCAGAACUGAUGGCCUUCAUUGCUGUCCUGAUCUGGAAUGGGGUGACUCAAGUUCCAUCCAUGAGCGACAACUGGUCUGAGGACAUGGGGAACCCGCGGAUCAUUGCUACAAUGGCUCGGAACCGCUUCCAAAGCAUCAUGCAACAUGUCUGCUUUGAUGACAUGUUCACACGUGCUGAGAAAGUAGAGACUGAUAAGUUUGCUGCUAUUUCUACUGUUUGGGAACCCUUUGUCAAAAACUGUAUCUCAGUCUUCAACCCUGGCCGACACAUUACUAUUAACGAACAACUUUUCCCAUCAAAGACUCGGUCCUGUUUCCGGCAGUACAUUGCAAGAAAACCUGACAAGUUUGGCAUCAAGUUUUGGGUGGCAUUUGACUUGAAAUCAAACUACAUUUGCAAUGCAAUCCCAUAUCUUGGCAAGGACCCCAGUUGCCCCAGUGGUGAGAGACUGUCAGAGAGUGUAGUGAUGAAGCUGAUGGAGCCAUUCAUGGACAAAGGCAGAACUGUAACUACAGACAAUUUCUUUACGUCACUCUCCCUUGCACAACGCCUGCGUAGCCGAAGAACCUCCAUCCUUGGAACUGUCAACAACUUUCGCCGUGAAAUUCCUCCAUCAACAAGAAAAAGUGGCCAGAUUGAAUUCACCACACGAGUGUUUUCCACCCCUGAAGCAACCCUGACAGUGUAUGCACCAAAACGCAACAAGACUGUCCAUAUCCUCAGCAGCAUGCACAGCCAAGUUGAGACUGAGGAUACAUACAAGCAAAAGCCAAACACUGUGACCCAGUACAACCAAGCCAAGUGUGGAGUGGAUGUGAUGGACCAGAUGGUGCGGGAGUACGCUGUGCGUGCACAAACACGGAGAUGGCCAAUUGCUGUGUUCGCCAACAUGAUCGACAUGGCCGCACUGAAUGCUCACAUUAUUCAUCAGGCAUGCACAGGGGUGCAGGAAAGACGAGCAGAGUUCCUUGUUCAACUGGCAAAAGAGCUGGCCAAAUCUCACAUCAGUGCAAAGGAAUCACGCAAAUAGGAUGAGCUUCUUCAGCAGCCCCUCACACCCAGCCCCGGUAAAAAAGCCAAGUGUCAGAUGCACACGGAACUCUGCAACUGGCAGAUGUGUUCACUGCUACAAGUACACCUGUGGCAAAUGCAAGAAGGAGCCAGCAUUGGAGUGCCGACCCUGUUCUGACAGCCUAGACAGACUACGCAACUGCUGAAACAUCAUUCAUUUAGCCAGAACAAUGUAGAUUUUGACAAAAGUCUGGAUUCUCUCUUUUUUUUUUUUUUUUGUA